GUGAAUUGGGUAUAGUGUGGACGUAAUUCAAAAAACCAAGCUCCACCUCCUGGUAGUUCCGUUUCCUUACCUUGUUGUCUGUCGUGUUGUUGAUUAAAAAAUAAGAAGACGCUGGUUCUUAUUACCUAUGGGUGCCUCGUUGGAGACCCCGGCCCGCAACCCUCCUGUGUGUCCUUUGUGCCACUGUGUUUUUCGGAAUCCGACCGCGCUGAGAUGCAAACACUGUUUCUGCUAUGGGUGUAUAAAGGAGUUAUGGAGUGGUUCGCCAUACGGACCUUACUUCUGUCCAGAGUGCAAGGAGGAGUACAAGAAAUUGCCAAUUGGGUUUGAUAUAGACACUACUGCGAGGCGGGGGAGAGAUGAAGAGCCGACACAUUCACGCACGCCUGCUGCCACAGGCAGGGAAGGCGUUGGCAAUGAGGUGAACCUGUUUGGCUGGAGAUCUUCCCCCUCCAUCUCGUCGCUGUCCAAACGUAUUUUAGGAAAACGGCCUGCCAGGUCACCUGAACCAGGAGGCCGUCGCCAUGACAACAAGAGAGCGGCCACUGCAACCAGCGUUCUAUCCAGGGGAAAGGCCAAUGACAGUGAGAGACCCAUCACUUCCUCUUCCAGGUCAUCAGCCAAUCAGAACAGGUCCUAUGAUGUGGGUUCGUCCAGUGAUGAGGAGACUCAAGCACCGUUAGCAACCAAACCAUGUAAUGCCUCCACCAGCAACCCCAGAGGUUUGGAACCGACAGGAGACCUUGUUGUUGACCUGGACUCUCAACCAGCUGCAAGAGAACCACCUACGGAGGCUCCCAGCGGAUCAACGGGCCGACCCAGCAAGCCCACCUCUCCCGCCCGCGCCCCUGGAAGUUCCAACCAGUCCCCAAGCCUGAGUGGCUGGACCUCCAGGGAGAGCCCCGUGCCCUGCCACUACUGCCCCAGCCACGCAUCCCUCCCCGCGGUCAAGACCUGCUUGGUCUGCGGGGCCUCCAUGUGCUCUGAUCACCUCCUUCACCACAUGCAGUCCCCCGUCUUCCGGUCUCACCCCCUGGUUCUCCCCGUGGAUGAUAUCUCCCCCUGGAGGUGCCUGGAGCACCAGGAGAUGAACCGGAUCUUCUGCCGCCAAUGUAGUGUGUGUGUGUGUACCGUGUGUACUGUGAUCGGGUUGCACCGGGACCACGCAUGUGUCAGCAUCCGAGAGGCGGAGGAGGAGCUCAGGGGGAGACUGAAAGAGGACAUGAAGAAGAUGCAGGGAACAGAAUUGUCCUUACUGAGCAGAGUGACUGAGUUGACAGAGAAGAAGGAGUCCUUCCAGGUGUUGCUUGAGGAGGCACGUGCAGGGGUGCAACAGCAGUACAGGCUUAUGCGAGAGUCUCUGGAGCAGGAGGAGGCCACAGCCCUGCAGUGUGUCUCUCAGGAGGAGAGUACAGCUGUGGGGGGAUUGGUGGAACAGCUGACCCAGCUACAGGAGACCGUCACUCUCCUUCAACACGGUCUCCAUGCCCUGGAGGGGCUAGCGGACGCCCAGGGUGCCACACGCGUACAGGAGCAGGCCUUCAUAAUGGAAUAUGGCAAGAUAAGUAAAAGCGUGUCUGAGAGCUGUUCUGUGAAGGAGCUGGAGGCUCCAGAGGAGGUGGACAUUGCCCGUCUUCGAUUCCUGCGGCAGUGGACUGAGCAGAGGCGGGACUCAGUGGUCAUCUCCCUGCCUGAACGAGACCCCUUCAGACUGCUCUACGGCGCCACUCCCUGUCUGGACCCGGACACAGCCCACCCUAAACUACUCCUCUCUGAGGAGUACAGGAAGGUGGCCUACAGUGAGAUCCUGCAGGCCUACCCAGAGCGGGCCGCUCGCUUUAGCUCCUUUCCCCAAGUCCUGGCCUGUAAGCCCCUGCAGCGGGGACGCACAUACUGGGAGGUGGAAGUGUUAGCAGACGAGGGGAAAUGGAAGGUGGGGGUCUGCGAAGGCCAGAUUGGCCGCAAAGGCCAGAAGGACACCUGCCGGAUUGGGUUCAACCCGUACUCCUGGUGCCUGCUGAGUGAGAGGGGGACAAUAGAGGCCCUGCACGAUAAGGUGUCUGUUCCUGUGGAGGUCGAUGACCUGGAGAGAGUGGGCGUGUUGGUGGAUUUAGAUGAGGGCAGCCUGUCGUUCUAUAAAGUGGCACCAGGGGGAGCUCUGAGCUUGCUACAUUGUUUUAAACAGAGAUUCAGGGAACCGCUGUACCCUGCGUUAGCGGUGUCCAAAACACAGCUGACCAUCACAGACUUGUUCCAAACACACUCUGCACAAUAGGUGUUGGGUUGAGGUCCAUUUUUAAUGCAGAAAGUUAACUUAAACUUCCAAUUCUCAUUCCACAUUUGCCUUCUGACAAAUAUUUUAUAUUUUAGUAGACAUUCUUAUCCACAUCGACAUCAACAGUAGUGAACGCAUACAUUUUUAUUCUGCUAUGCUUUGGGAAUGAAACCAUCUGCUCUGGCGCUACCAGCAACAUAUUGUAACCGAGUGAGCUACACGGGACCAAUAAAACAUUUAUCUUAAAGAUGGCAUUUAUUUAGGUAAUUUUGUUAUUGAAAUGUCUUUCGAACUGGGCACUACAUGGAUGAAUCUCAACACAGAAACAGUACUAAUGAUGUUCACGUGUGGUUGUUUUGAAUUGUUUUAAUAAAAAACCUGUCAUGUGA